GCGCCGGCCUCCCUGGCCGCCGGGUGAGGCUGCGGCGGACUGCCCUUUCUCAAGAUGGCGUCGAAGAUGGGUUCGCGACGGUGGAUGUUGCAGCUGAUCAUGCAGUUGGGUUCUGUGUUGCUUACACGCUGCCCCUUUUGGGGCUGCUUCAGCCAGCUCAUGCUGUAUGCUGAGAGGGCCGAGGCGCGCCGGAAGCCCGACAUCCCAGUACCCUACCUGUACUUCGACAUGGGGGCGGCCGUGCUGUGCGCUAGCUUCAUGUCCUUUGGAGUGAAGCGGCGCUGGUUCGCGCUGGGGGCCGCACUCCAGCUUGCCAUUAGCACCUAUGCCGCCUACGUCGGGGGCUACGUCCACUACGGGGACUGGCUGAAGGUCCGUAUGUACUCACGCACAGUUGCCAUCAUUGGUGGCUUUCUUGUGCUGGCCAGCGGUGCUGGGGAGCUGUACCGUCGGAAACCCCGCAGCCGUUCCCUCCAGUCCACCGGCCAGGUCUUCCUGGGCAUCUACCUCGUCUGUGUGGCCUACUCGCUGCAGCACAGCAAGGAGGACCGGCUGGCGUAUCUGAACCAUCUCCCUGGCGGGGAGCUGAUGGUCCAGCUCUUCUUCGUGCUCUAUGGCGUCCUGGCCCUGGCCUUCCUGUCGGGCUACUACGUGACCCUGGCUGCCCAGAUCUUGGCUGUCCUGCUGCCCCCGGUCAUGCUGCUCAUUGACGGCAAUGUGGCCUACUGGCACAACACACGACGCGUUGAGUUCUGGAACCAGAUGAAGCUCCUUGGAGAGAGUGUGGGCAUCUUCGGGGCCGCUGUCAUCUUGGCCACUGACGGCUGAGUUGUGCAGCGGGAGUCUGAGAAUGGGUGCAGGGAGCCACUGAAGGCCACCCUCCAUUCCUCCUUGCUGGCCCAGUUAUGUUUAUUUAUGCUUUUUGGUCUGUUUGUUUGAUCCUUUGUGUUAUGUGCAUGUGUGUGUAUGUUGGCAAGAGGCAGGUCUCUUCCCCAGUUCCUGGGCUCAGGCCUUGGUGGGGUGGGAGCCCUGAUGACUGCCCUACGGGUUCCUUUUUCCUGUUUGUUCUGAGGAGAGCUGAGGCCAGCUGUUCUCCUGGGUCUCCUGUCCCAGGAAACGGAGUAAGGCAGGGCUAUGGGGGUGGGGGGUGAGGGCAGGGGACACUGAGAGUGGGAGACAGAGGGAGGAAGACAAGAAUCAGAAGUGAGCCAGUGUGAAAGAUCCCGCUUUGAGCCUGGCAGAUGCAGCUAGGCUCUGCAGUGCUUUUCUGAGACUGAGACCGAGUGUAUGUAUUGACACAUGGAUCAGGCCCAGGUGGAGUAGAGGGGCCGGGCACUGCAGAAGUCGUGGGCUCUCAGGGUGUGCCAGGAGCAGACACGGCACUAGCUGUCACCCACCUUGAGGGCAGAGCAGGCCCCAGUCUACUCUGGAGUGUGCAGGGGUGGGGCAGGCAGUGGCCAGCUUCCUGCCUCUGGCCUUCUGUUUCCAGCUCCGUGGUUGGCCUGCUGUGGGUGAGUGCCCUCCCAAACACCAGACCACACAGUCCUCCAAAAUUAAACAUUUUAUAUAGA